AUGGUUCGCAACAUAAUCGAGGACUCCGAUGAUGAGGGCGACUUUGGCGCUCUGUCGCCCGUCGCCAGCAGAGAAAGCUCACCGGUUCCCACCAAUCCAGCGAACGAAAAGACUCCUUCUCGGUCCCAAAAAUCCGCACCCGGCACGAGUUCAACAGAAGAGAUACGACGCGAAAUUGCCGCUGCCCACAAGGAUGUCAUAGACAAAUCGGCUGCUUCAAACCGAACUACAGGUAGCCCAGAUGGCUCUGCUCGCUGGGACUCGCCCACAGAUUCGCGCAAACGCAGACCCUCUCUCUCCAGUUUCGAUGGCCAUGAUACACUGCGAGCAAAGAAGACAGAUAAGAGGAAGUCUGCAAAGACAUACGGUCAAUCAGACCGGAGGGACUACAGCUUGUUCGAUGAGGAAAAUAGCGCCUUGGAGGGUAUGAAGAACGAUGAGGUGGCACGGUGUGGCACCAAUCGCGGUGACUUCGCUCCAUUGGGUCAGGCGGAGCCGCUGCUACAAGCUUCUGGAGAGUAUGCGGCGUCAAACCACCAAGUUUUGAUCCCCAGGAUGCAUUCUUCAUUACAGCAAGAUUUUGCAGGACACGAACCGGUUGUGAUGUUUCCCACGACACUGUCGAGCACAGUCCCAGAUGCGACAUUAGAUCAACAGCAGCUCGUAGAAGCCGCUCGCGCAGAGUACCAACAGAUUGAAUAUCCAAGUUCUCCCGGGGCUGCAACAAAGCUCAUUGGAAACCCUUUUGUUUCCUGGUCCGACUCCCUUGAGAGCAAUGAAUUAAACCAUGACGAACUUGGCGAACGCGACGAACUCAGCGAAGAACCGUUAGCCAGCAUUGGCUUGGCUUCGUCUCGCCAGAAAAGGUCAUCCAAGUCUGAAGGUAACCUCACAAUGUCACAAAAAGUGGCCGAAGAGUCGAUACAGGACUCGAUACGUGCCAUUAGAGCCUCCAAGGCCAAGAAGGCACAAGAAACCAACUCCAGCGAUAUGCUAAACAGUGAUGAUCUUGCGAUCGGAUUGCCAAAAGAGAGAUACGUCCCGAGGCCUAGCCGCUCAAGAUCUGCACGAUCGACCGUCGAGGAACCCGACUACUCGGUGAUGCCUGAGAAGACGGCAAAGCAGAAGAUGAAGCGUCGCAAAACCGGUGAUGUCAUAGCGGUCCAAGGGCACAAUUUCUCCCAGUCAGCUUCGACUCCCACCCAAGAGACCAAUGCGUCGACGAACGAAGAGAGCGCAGCACCGCCGAUGGACAAGCCGUUGCAAACUCAAAGCAAUACACCGGCGAAAAAGCGCAAAAGGGGGAGGCCGCCGAAGAAGCGUCAAGAGGAUGUCAGCAAUGCCAUCUCGGAUGAUCAACAGGCUGGCGUGACAGGCAAAGGCCAGAUGGACGAGGUAGACGAGCUCCAUCAAGUCAUGCCAUCUACUAGCGAGCACCAAGCCCCGGAGCACCCCGUUUCUCAUACAGAACCGCUGCUGCAUGAUCCCGAUUUCAAGGACGGUCUUCACACGAGGCUGCCUUCACCGGUUGUUCAGCCGACGCCGGCAAGUUCAGCACACAGGAUUGGCGAGGUGCAGCAAGUGGAGGAGACUAAGCCGAAGAAAAGAGGUCGUGGUCGGCCACGGUCUACACAGAACAAUGUUCGAGAAGCAGCUGCAGCCGACGUGGACGAAUCGCAGACGGUGGCUGAUGAAAACGAGAAAGCUCAGGAGAUGCAGGCAGAUACGGGCUUGGAAAAUGGCAAGUCGCAUGACUUGGUGAAAGCAGAAGGGGAAGCGGAAGAGGCGAUACUUGGCGCAGCAGACGAUGCAGCCCCCGCUCUUGGCUCUUCCAGAUCAUCAGAGAAGCGGAGCGAGGAACACGAAGUGGGGGCAAGGGCAGCAAAAAGAGGAUCCGCGGAGCCGUCGCCGCUGGGCAAGGGUAAGGUGCCGGUCCGGGUUGGACUGAGCCGAAAGGCGAGAAUCGCACCGCUAUUGAAGAUUGUCAAAAAGUAA